AUGGAACAAGAAUCAGGACAUCAAGUAAAGCAACAAAAAGCAGGAACAUCAACUGAAACUACAGCAGACCUUGUAAUUGAGAAUCGUAAUGUAGUGGACGUUUUACAUCGCCUCGACGCCAACUCCAACAAUAUUGUCUCUACUUCUUCUGUGCCAUCAUCAAGAAAAUCAAAAGAAAAGAAAGCGAAAAUGUCAUCAACACCAAGAAGUCCUCUGAUGAGUAUGGCCAACAGUGUGAAGAGCAAACUCACUAAAAUCACACAUUUGGGAAGGAGUUCCGAGAGCAGUUCCUCGUCAAAUAUCAAAACGAGCCAAAGCUUUUCUGGAAUCCGUCAACCAAAACAAGUUCCAAAACGGAUUGAUCAAAACGCAAAUCGGGUCAUCAAAUCGUCGUCUAUGGAAGUACCCUCGACAUCAAAGGUUUGUAUUCCACAGGACCCAACUCCCCUUGUCGACGAUAAAAUAGAGGAAAUCUCUGAAGCAGGUCUCAUCUCGAGAAGUGAAAUGGCACCUCCGAAACCAAUGGAACACGUCUGUGUGAAAUUGGAAGAAGACGUUCUUGUUGUCACCAAAGAGUUCGAUGAACGGUAUCCAGGGCAGAAAAGAUCGGCAAGCCCUGACCCACCAGCAGUGGAGGAGAGUCAGACAAUGUCAGAAUUGGAUCAGAUUCCAUCUGAAACAGUUGUAGAGACAAUUUCGGAAGAAUUGGAUAAUAAUGCAAAUCAGAAAACACCUGGACCAGUUCGAAGAGUCAUUAAGGAGACGACAACAACUACGGUCACAACCACAACAUUCUCGGAGAGCAGUCCGGUUCCAAUAAUCGAAAAGAUGGAAUUCGUGGAAAAGCAGGAAUCUAUUCUUGUCCCAAAAUCUCAUCUAGAUACUGCUGCUAUUCAUGUGGAUGUUCCUGCUCCUGUCCACAUUCCGGAAGCUGUUGUCAGUCCGAAAAAUGAGAGAUUCGUGUCACCUGAAAGAUAUGUUCUUCUCGUCAAAACUCCCGAAGCACUCCGGAAGCAUAGAACACUGACUAUUGGAGAGAAAGAUCAAAAUGAUGUGAAACCAGAAGAAGAGAUUCAGUACACUAAAAUGGAAACUGUGAAGUUCAAGGAGAUCAAAGAAAAAGUAAAGUAUGAGGAACCGGUGCCCAAGGAAAAGUUCAUUUUGACUGUGAAGACUCCAGAAGCAAUCAGAAGACAUCACACGUUCACAAUCAGAGACAAAUCACCCGAAGAAGAGAUGAAAAUUACCAAAUCUCAGUCGGAUGUGCAUGUCAGUAAGAAACUGGUGAAACAGACAUCGGAACCGGAAAGAAAAACACUUGAGAAGGAUUUAUUCAAAGAGAAAGAAGACGUUGUUCCCGAGCCAAAGUUUGUGAUCGUCAUGAAGACUCCAGAAUGUCUCAGAAGACAUCACACAUUUACUAUUGGAGACCGUCCGAAGAGCCCAGAUUAUCCGUACAUUGAGGAAGGAGAAAUCACUGAACCGAUUGCAACGAUUGGACCACCAGCCGAUAGAAGGAAGAAGGAAGAAGAAAAAGAAAAGAAGAAAAAAGAAUGGGAAGAAUAUGAGAAACCACCCCCAGAGAAGUACAUUCUCACGACUACAACUCCAUUAGCCAUUCGGAAAUAUCAGACGUUUGUUGUCGAAGCGAAAGAAGAGAAGGCGAUUCCUCAAUCGAUGAGUGCAGAUGCUGUGAUGAUGACAAAGAAGGGAAAAGUGCAACGAUCGGAGUCAACGGAUUCAAAGAAGCACAGCUAUUUGCGGAGAUUGCAGUUCGAGUUGUUCCGGGGAAGAAGCAGGGAACGGAAAACGGAGAAGCAGGAGAAAAGACAGAAAUCGCUGGAUGAGAGGAAGCCAGAAUCAACACAAAAGUACAUUCUUUCGACAACAACUCCCAUAAUGAUGCGGAAGUACCAGACAUUUGCGAUUGUCGACGGAAAACCAAAAGAUGGAGAACUUGCGAACUUGCAGUCCAUUGAAUCGUCUUAUCAGAAACAAGUUCAAAAGGACAUGUCUUUCGAGGAAGAAAAAACAACCUCUCCAGCAAAGACUUCUGAUUUUUAUUCGAUCACUGCAACAACUCCAUUGACGAAGAGGAAGGUCGUUGUAGAAGAAACUGUGACAUCAUCUGUUCACCAAUUAUCUCUUGACGAAGCUAUCGGAAGUCCAACAAAGAAACCCAUCUCUCCUGAGCCACGUCAUCUAUUCGUAAUGGGCGGAAGGCGUUCGACGACACCUCAAGAGGAGCGGAAAGUAGAGAAACUACACGAGCCUCCAAGGAAUUUGAAAUUGGAUACUGACAGAAGUCAGUCGGAUAAUGCUGAACUUCUCGAGGAGAGAAAGUCAACCAUGUCCGGAGAUCUAACAUCUCCAGAAGAAGAUAUUCCAAUGGAUACAAACUUGACUCCAACUACAGAAGACGUUAUGGAAGCAGUGAUUAUUUCAAGAAGAAUUGAAGGUUUGAUGACAUCUCCAAUUGAAGAAGAGCCGGAAGGUGUAACAUCUUCUAUUCGUGACUUGUCAAUUAAAUCGUUGGAGAAGAAAAGAAACAGCGAUUCGGAAAGACCUGCUCCUGUAUUCACGCCCCCUAGUCCACCAAAAGACAAGCCAUUCCCAGUGAUGACUGUUCCCAAAUCCACCUCGACGUCUUCAUCUGAUUCCGCUCAUCCGAUGACUUCUUCCUCAAGCUCUUCUAGAAUAAAGCCAACUCAACUUCCAAUCAAAAAGACUAUUCAAGUUGUGGAUCCAAUGCAUAUUGUCGAGUUGAAACCGGAACAAAAGUCCAAAAAAGAGGCUUUGGCCUCAAAGUCUCUUCGUAAUGCUGGAAAGAUGCUCACUCCGUCGUUCUUGAGGAAGGAGAAGAAGGGUCCCAAGAAAUCUCUCUACCCAAAAACUACAUCAAACGGCCGCCAACACAUUUCCGAGAAGCUGGAAAGAAAAGCCCCUCUGGCAGAAGGAGAAUCUUCAGUUGUUGCAAACUCUCCGCUCGUUGAGAAUCUUCCAGUGACGUUCGAGAAAUGGAGCAACAAGAGCCCUCGAUUAAGUGUGAAACACUUCAGUGAAACCAUCAUUGAAGAAGGUCUCGAUGCGAAUGCAAAUGCAAUGUCUCCACAAUUGGAGCAUCGCGCUAUUCCUUCUUCUCACCAGCAAGACAACGCAGGACUCAUUGACGAUGACAUUCUUGAUCAACCAAUGCUCGUAGGAGAUACCUUCUCCCAUUCAUCAUCCAUCGACUGUAUUUCCGCACAUCAAAGAAUGAACGAAAGCAUCAUUUCGAUCGAUCGUUCGAUUGCUCCUAAUGAAUCAAGGAGCAGCAAUCAGCCCACCCAAAACAAUGUGAACAGGAACACAUUCAACGAGACGAACCUAGAUCGCCAAAUCGAUGCAGGCCGUUCUGAAGUUCAGGACAUAAAAACUCAAUUGCAGAAAUUGAACAGAUUAGUGAAUGAGAUGGGAGUGAGUGGAUGGGAAGAAGAGUUGACCAGACUCCGUUGUGAAAAUGAGCAACUUCGGAGGGAACUUGCCGAACGAGAUGCCACAAUUGCUGCUCUCCAAUCACAAACUGUAUCUUCUUGA